CCGAGCAAAACACUACAGUGAUAAACUGCAUUGAGGAGACUUUACAAGACCAUUUAAAAGAGUUCUGACACGCUGAGGUUUCUUAUACUUGGAAGUAGUUGAACUUACUAACAGACACAAUGAUGAUAGAUCUUGAGAGUCAGUUUGCUGAAGAAGGAGCGCUACCCUUACCGCAGGUGAUGGUGUCGAGGAGGAAGUCCGGUGUCUGGCGGGUGUGUGGGGUCCUGCUGGCUGUGGCCCUGUGUGCCGCCGCCGCUGUCUGCUUCACAUUCAACAAGUCUCAGAACAAUCAGGAAAGUGGAAAUGGUGAGCUUAGGCUCACAUUAAGAGAUCAUCUUUCAAAAGAAAAUGUAUCUUCCAAGGCUGCGAUCCAUUUAACAGGUGCAUAUGACCCUGACGUGUGUACGGACAACCUAGACUGGAAACAGAACCAGGACCAGGCUUUUGUUUCAGGUGGCAUGAAAUUAGUGGACAGAGAGAUCAUCAUUCCUAACGACGGCAUUUACUUCGUCUACAGUCAGGUGUCUUUCCACAUCAGCUGCAAGGCUGACGUGACUGAGGAACACGAGGGCGUGCACAUGAGCCAUGCAGUGUUGCGCUUCUCGGAGUCCUACGCCAGCUACAAGCCGCUCUUCAGCGCGAUCCGCUCGGCCUGCGUGCACGCGGCUGACACUGAAGACCUGUGGUACAACACCAUUUACCUCGGAGCAGCCUUCAACCUGCGAGCUGGAGACAAACUGCGCACCGACACCACCACAGAACUCCUGCCCCGCGUGGAAAGCGAAAACGGAAAGACCUUCUUUGGGGUGUUUGCUUUAUGA